GUUCACAUUUCCUGAGUUUUCCUAAGAAACUAACUAAAUAAGCAGUAGCAACAACAUGAGGACUGCAAGCAAAGCAAAGAAGCAAAGCAAGUUGAUGCGCUUUAUUUCUACACCCAUUAGGACCUUAACAAAGGCCAAGAACUUCUACAUGAGGAACCUCGAAGAUUGUGCAGGUAAGGUGGGUUAUGGUGGUGCAGGUGUCAGUGGUUACACCGCUUCGAACGUUCACUUGCCUAGGAGCUUUAGUGUCAACUCUUCAAAUUCAAAUGGUGAUAAGGAUUUGAAGCAGCUACGCAGAUUAACCGUUUCGACAAAAAAGAACAACGAUGUGAAGAAAGAUGGUAACAGAGAAGCUGGAGGUUCCGACACGCAGAGAAGGCCGAUUGUUAGAGAACGUCCCAUUGUCAAACAACGCACAAUGAAUAGUGGGAUGGGCAUGAGGAGUUAUAGUGUUGGCUUGAAAAUGGGAAGGAUUGAUGAAGAAAUAGCUUCUACUUUUGAGGAAGAUGAUGAAGUCGAUGUCAAGGCGGAUCUGUAUUCAAGAAGCAGAAGUUAUGCUGUUAAAAAUAGAAAUGCUGGGUUUGUAUAAAUGUAAAAAUGUAUACGAUAGGGAAGAAAUGGUGUGGGAUUUUGAACCUAUUCGAUCUCUCUACCAACUCCGUUGUUUAUUUGUUACUAGCUCUUUAUUCAUUGAGAAACGAUACAUGCAAUAUUUGACAAAA